CUGCAGAAUUGUUCUUGCUGAUUCUUUCUCUGGAUUGCUUAAUCUGUGAAGUGAAGCUUCAAGAUGGUUUAUGCUAAGUGCUGGACAUUGAAGAAGCACUUUGAAGGUCCACCAACCAGAAGUGACUUUGAGCUAAAAGAGGUUGAGUUACCAGCCUUAAAAAAUGGAGAGGUCUUGCUUGAAGCUUUGUUCCUCAGCCUUGACCCCUACAUGAGAGUUGCUGUGAAGAAAAGUUUGAAGGAAGGUGAUAAAAUGAUGGGAAGCCAAGUUGCCAGAGUUGUGGAAAGUAAGAAUUCAGCCUUUCCAGUAGGUAGCAUUGUGGUGGCUAAUUCAGGAUGGACAACCCACUCCAUUUCUAAUGGAAAAGACCUAGAGACAUUGCCUGCUGGGUGGCCAGACACAUUACCUAUGUCUUUGGCUCUGGGGACCAUUGGCAUGACAGGCUUAACAGCCUACUUUGGCCUCCUACACAUCUGUGAUCUGAAGGAGGGAGAAACUGUGAUUGUCAAUGCGGCAUCCGGAGCAGUGGGUUCAGUAGUGGGACAGAUUGCUAAAAUCAAAGGCUGCAAAGUGGUUGGCUCUGCUGGUUCAGAUGAAAAGGUUGCAAUCCUUAAAAAAUUUGGUUUUGAUGUUGCCUUUAAUUACAAGACAGUAGAAUCUUUAGAAGAAACACUGAAGAAAGCUUCUCCAGAUGGCUAUGAUUGCUAUUUUGACAAUGUAGGUGGAGCAUUUACAAAUGCAGUUAUCCCUCAGAUGAAGAAAUUUGGAAGAAUUGCUAUUUGUGGAGCCAUUUCCACAUAUAAUAGUGAAAAACCUGAACAAGGAAUCUAUAUUCAACAUCCCUUUAUUUAUAGUGAGCUACGCAUGGAAGGAUUUAUUGUCAGUCGCUGGCAAGGAGAUGUCCGCCAAAAAGGCCUAAAAGACUUGAUGAAAUGGGUCUUAGAGGGCAAAAUCCAGUACCAAGAAUACAUCACAGAAGGUUUUGAAAAUAUGCCAAUGGCAUUCAUAGGAAUGCUAAAAGGAGAGAAUUUGGGGAAAACAUUAGUGAAACCAUAAGGGAUCCAAGAAUACAUCACACUGGAAAUCUGAAGAGCAUUUUAGUGUGUUUACUUCGUUUACUAAAACUUUAUGGAAAAGCAUGCCUGUUAUCUUAAAAUACUAAAAAUCACCAAUAUAAUUAA